UAAAAUCUUUGGUAUAAAUAUAGAGACACCAACCCUAUCUGACAAAUCAUCCCGAUUGUCUACAAUGCUGCUCAUCUCUCUGUUCGUGGUUGUGUUGGGGGUUGCUGAGACACAUGGUGCUAUGAUCCCUGUCCUUGGGUCACAGGUCACUUCCUCCUCAGUCUUCACCUUCGGCUCCACGAACUUCGUUCCACAGUUUGCCGUUGACGGCGGAUUUGGCACCGACUUCAUCGCUGACAACACUACGUUUGCAACGGCUGUUGGAGACACAAUGCCCUACAUGGACAUUGAUCUGGGCAGCAACUUCCUUCUCGUCUCCGUCACCAUCACCAACAGGGGUGACUGCUGUGCUGAUCGUCUUCGAAACAUCCGAAUCGAGGUGUACAAUAACGAUCCAACACUCGGAGGAACGCCUCAAGUCUGCACCACAAUCGGCAGCACCGCCCCUGCCGCCAGUUCCAACACCACGUUCACCUGUUCGGCCAUGGCAUUCGGAAGGUACAUCCGUUUUAACAAGUUCAGCAUGGUCGACGCAAAUGACAUCCUUCAGUUUGUAGAGGUGGUCCUUGAUGGCGUUCCGCUAAGUGCUGUGAUCCCCGUCGGCGGGUCACAGGUCUCUUCCUCCUCAGUCUUCACCUUCGGCUCCACGGACUUCGUUCCACAGCUUGCCGUUGACGGCGGAUUUGGCCCCGACUUCGUCGUUGACAACACUACAUUUGGAACAGCUGUCGAAGACACUAUGCCUUAUAUGGACAUCGAUUUGGGCAGCAACUUCCUUCUCCGCUCAGUCACCAUCACCAACAGGGCUGACUGCUGUUCCGAGCGUCUUCGAAACAUCAUCAUCGAGGUAUAUGACAACAACGCAACUCUUGGAGGAACGCCUCAAGUGUGCACCACAAUCGGCAGCACCGCCCCCGCCGCCGGGUCGACCACGACCUUCAACUGCACAGGGACGCCAAUCGGAAGGUACAUCCGUCUUAAAAAGAGCUCCAAGGUCGACGCUACUGAUAUCCUUCAGUUAGUAGAGGUGGUCCUAGAAGGCGUCCAGCUACAAUGUCCUUGCAACCACUUCCAGCUGGACGAGAACUGUUUCUACUUCUCUGGAUUCCAAGCAAGCUAUGCCGACGCGAAGGAAUACUGUGACAUCAUCGGAAGCAAUCUGGCCAUGAUCCGAACCCAGGCUCAGAGCGACUUUGUCAACGGUGUUCUCGCUGCAAAUGCUAAAAAAGGUCAAGAAUACUGGAUUGGGGUGACCAAUCUUUUGGACCGGUUCCAGUGGCGAUAUCUGCUUGGUGACAUUGUUCCCCUAAAUGGCUUCACCUCCCCACUCGUGAACGGCACGGGCACUUGCAGCACCUCUACCUCUGAGAAGCACCCACAUAACUGUGCCGUCCUGGAGAAGAACGACGCCGGCCAAUGGGAGUGGGAGGAAGAACGGUGUUACAGGAAGGAGAACUUCAUCUGUCUGGCAACCCUGCCAAUACCUGCGCCCUAGGUUCUUUAAGGAUACACGUAUUGGUAAUUUAGUUUACAGUCGUCAUGAUUAAGGUAUCUUGUCUAAAAUAGGUUGUAAUAAAUUCAUCUGUCUACAAAAGUAGUGUCCAACCUAAGAUCAUUUGAAAAGUAAUCAAAUCAAUCGUACAAAGGCACCUCUAAAUACAAUCAUUGUGUUAAACACACCUACUAUUAUACCAAUGUACUCGUAAAUAAAGAAUUACC